AUGACAUCAAAUAUCUCCGUCACGGCUGUCAGAAUCGAAUCUGGAGCGCCUUUCCAGUUCGUAGCUGAUCAGACCACAACGAGAGUCUGCACUCUGGCCAAUGGCAAACUGAGAGUGAAGGUUGAUAACGAAGAGGAGUAUGCUAUUGGAGCGAGGGGUGUGUUCAAGAUUGAUGCUGGGGUUGGAAGUAGGGGUUUUAACCGGUAUUAUGAAGUUGUUGUGUUGCAUGUGAAUGGUUUUCAGGCUUUGUGA